AGGCACGCUGCUGAGGGAGUGGGACAGAUUCUGGGAGCGAAGCGGGGAGGAGUCCUGGCCGAGCUGAGCGAGGGGUUGGGGGAGCAGCUUGGCAGUGCCAGAGCCCAGGCCCCAGAGCCCUGCUGGAGAGGAGACAGUCCGAGGAGGCAGGCCCCCCGAGGAGUGAGGCGGUGAGAUGGCAGACUGCUACACGGAGCUGGAGAAGGCGGUCGUGGUCCUGGUGGAAAACUUCUACAAGUACGUGUCUAAACACAGCCUGGUCAAGAACAAGAUCAGCAAGAGCAGCUUCCGGAAGAUGCUUCAGAAAGAGCUCAACCAUAUGCUGACGGACACGGGAAACCGAAAGGCUGCCGACAAGCUCAUCCAGAACCUGGACGCCAACCACGAUGGGCGCAUCAGCUUCGAUGAGUACUGGACCUUGAUAGGCGGCAUCACCAGUCCCAUUGCUAACCUCAUCCGCCAGCAGGAACAGCAGGACAGCAGCUAGAGGACCCUCCCACCUUCCCUUCAUGGCGCUGCCUGCCGCCCAGCCCCUGGUGCACUUCCCAGGCUCCCCUCAGCCUCCUCUGCCCACCCAGGCUCCCACCCUCGCUUCUCCCUCCAGACCUUCUGCUGGCCCUUGCUGAACAGGGCAAAGGGCCCCUUUGUGAUGUCUCAGUCUGGGGGUGACUCCCUAGGGGUCUUAGUCCCUGGAGCCAGCAGGCUCUGAGGCCCCCUCUGAGUUUUCAAUGCUGUUUGGGGGGUCCCAUGAGUUUCCUCGCCUGCUUAGUCCAUCAGCCCUUCCAGCGGCUGAUGUUCUGCCUGAUUCGGGGUCUCUCCCGACCUCUGGAGGUCAGCUUGCUGCUUGAGGUCUUCCUGCUCCUGGCAGCGGCAGCAGAGCUCUCCCCUUUCUCUCACCCCCUU